AUGUUGCCACUGAACUUGGCACCCGAUCAAUGCAGCAGUGUAGUUCGCAUUCGUCCAUCGGCAGAGCAUCGUCUGCAAAGUGCCCCCAAAAAUAUCAAAGAAGCAGCUGGUGCCCACGAAAACGUUCGGUUAAUUUGCAUUCGAAGCGCAUCGAGCUUAUCCCCGGGAGAAGCAGCAGCAGCCAUGCGAGUGCAGCUUUUCGGUGUCAUCGCCGUGGCCAUCGUGGCCGUUUCAGUGGUCCGCGAUGUUGGAGCUGAGCCGCCGGUGAACAACGCCUACUUGCCGCCCAGUUCGCCCCAGCGCCCCUCCUCCAAGUAUGGUGCCCCGCCCGCCAGCUCCUACCUGCCACCCGCCUCCGGACCAGCGCCAUCGUUCAACUCCGGUCCGUCCAGCAGCUAUGCGGCUCCAUCGCUGAGCGCCUCCUCGGGUGGCCCAUAUCCAGCACCAGCUCCUCGCCCCUCCAGCUCCUACGGACCGCCUGCCUCCCGUCCCUCGUCCAGCUAUGGUCCUCCGCCCAGUCGGCCGAGCCAGUCGUACGGACCACCGCCGCAGGCCAAGAAACCUCACCACCGUCGCCCGUCCUCCAGCUAUGGAGCUCCCAGGCCCGCUCCGCCCUCGCAGAGCUAUGGUGCCCCACCCUCUUCUAGCUACGGACCCCCCAAGUCGGCGCCUCCUUCCCAAAGUUACGGUGCCCCAGCUCCACCUUCCAGCAAAUACGGACCACCCAAGUCGGCACCUUCCUCAAGCUACGGAGCUCCGAGACCAGCUCCUCCAUCAUCGUCUUAUGGAGCACCUGCACCCCCAUCAUCGUCUUAUGGAGCUCCUGCCGCGCCUUCCUCAUCUUACGGAGCCCCAGCACCGCCAUCCAAGUCUUACGGAGCUCCAGCUCCUCCAUCUUCCUCCUAUGGAGCACCAGCUCCUCCCUCUUCCUCCUAUGGAGCUCCUGCUCCUCCAUCUUCAUCUUAUGGAGCACCAGCUCCUCCUUCUUCAUCUUAUGGAGCACCUGCACCUCCCUCUUCAUCCUAUGGAGCACCAGCUCCUCCUUCUUCAUCUUAUGGAGCACCAGCACCACCAUCCAAAUCUUAUGGAGCUCCUGCUCCUCCCUCUUCAUCCUAUGGAGCACCAGCGCCGCCAUCGAAAUCCUAUGGAGCUCCAGCACCACCAUCUUCUUAUGGAGCACCUGCACCUCCAUCCUCCUCCUAUGGAGCACCUGCACCUGCGCCCUCCUCCUCCUACGGACCACCCAAAUCUGCGCCCGCACCACCCUCCUCCAGCUAUGGAGCACCACCUCAGGCUCCCACCAGCAACUACCUGCCACCCGCAUCGCGUCCAUCGAAGCCCUCGCCCAAUUAUGGAGCACCCAGUGUGAGCAGCUUUGUGCCCUCGGCCUCAGCUCCAUCGACCAACUACGGAGCUCCAUCGAAGACCCAGAGCCUGGGCAGCAGUGGCUACACAUCCGGACCUUCUUCGUCUUAUGAUGCCCCCGUGGCACCGCCAUCGUCCUCCUACGGAGCUCCCUCCUCCUCGUUCCAGCCCAUCUCACCGCCCUCCUCGAGCUACGGAGCUCCCAGCAGCGGAUCGGGUUCAAGCAGCGGAAGCUUCUCAUCCUCUUCUAGUGGUGGAUCCUUCCACUCGGCUCCAUCUAGCUCCUACUCGGCUCCCAGUCCGAGUGCCAACAGCGGUGGAUCGUAUCCCUCGGCACCCUCGUCAUCCUACUCUGCCCCCAGCUCGAGCUCAAACAGUGGUGGACCCUAUGCCGCUGCUCCCUCUUCCUCCUACUCGUCACCUAGCUCUGGAUCGAAUAGUGGUGGACCCUACCCAGCUGCUCCAUCGUCCUCUUACUCAGCUCCCAGUGCCUCUGCCAAUAGUGGAGGAUCCUAUCCCUCGGCUCCUUCCUCAUCUUACUCGGCACCCAGCUCGGGAUCGAACAGUGGAGGACCCUAUCCUGCAUCGCCUUCAUCCUCCUACUCGGCACCAAGUCAAGGAGCCAACAGCGGAGGACCUUACCCAUCGGCUCCCUCAUCCUCGUACUCUGCACCCAGCAGCAGUUCCAACUCCGGUGGACCCUAUCCAGCUGCUCCUUCAUCAUCGUACUCGGCUCCAUCUUCCAGUUCGAACAGUGGAGGACCUUACCCAUCGGCUCCUUCCUCGUCUUACUCCGCACCCAGCCCAAAUUCCAAUAGUGGAGGACCCUACCCGGCUACACCAUCUUCAUCGUACGGAGCACCUGCCUCUCCACCUUCUUCAUCAUACGGAGCACCUGCCUCAGGACCUUCCGCCUCGUUCAGCGCUCCCUCCUCCUCGUACGGAGCUCCCUCCACCGGAUCGGGUGCUAGCUCAUUCUCGUCCAGCCAUCAGUCAUCUUCGGGCUCCUCAUCCUUCAGUGCCUCCUCCUCGGGCUCCAGCUAUCCCUCGGCUCCGUCCAGCUCCUAUGGAGCUCCAUCGGCUGGCUCCUCUCUGAACUUCCCCAGCGGUCCCUCGUCCAGCUACAGUGCUCCCCCAGCCGGCGGAUCCUCCAGCUCGGGACCUUACCCCAGUGCUCCGUCGCAGGACUCUGGCUACGAGUACAAUGCACCCAGCCAGGUGCCCGAGACUAUUCAGCAGGGUUACAGUGCCGACGGUGGCUACACUUACCGCAAGAAGUAAACAGCCACUGCAUUGCGCAUACGCCACGUGCCUUCGAAUACUCAACAAAACA